AUGAGCGGGGAACAGGCGGCGUUCUUACAGACGGUGACCGACACGCUCAGCAGCGACAACGCUCUCAGGAACGCGGCAGAGAAGCGCUACGGCGAGGCCAGGGCGCAGCAGCCCGCCGCCACCGUCGCUGGCCUCUUCCAGGUGCUGCAGGCGGCGGAAGUGUGGCAGCCGGCGCGCGAGCAGGGCGCCGUGCUCCUGCGGCAGUGCCUGAGCAAGGCGCGGGAGGACGGCUCCGUGUGGGCCGGGCUCGGCGCGGCCGGCCAGGCGGACGUGCGAGCCGGCCUGCUGCGGGUGCUGGAGGCAGAGCCGCAGCCGCAGGUCCGCCGGAAGGUGGCCGACUGCGUGCAGAGCCUGGGCAACCAGAUCAUCGACAUCUCGGAGCGGCCCGCCAACGCGCCAGAGUGGCCCGAGCUCAUGCCCAUGCUGAUGCGGACGGUCGCCGACGCCAGCAAGGACAGCGGCGUCCGCUCUGACUGCCUCUGGGCGGUGAAGGAGAUGACCGUCUCCAUCUGGCAGGUCCUGGUGGCCAGCGCCGGCCAGUCCCAGCAGCUCCUGCGCGGCUGCCUGGCGGACCCGGCCGAGGGCGUCCGCGGCGAGGCGGCGUCGCUGCUCUGCAGCCUCGUCGACAACAUCGAGAGCAGGGAGGAAAGAGUUCCCUUUGCCCCGCUCAUACCAGACUUCUGCACCGUUCUCACGCAGCUGGCGGGCUCGGCGGACUCCAAGCACCUGAACACGGUGCUGCAGAGCCUCCAGGCGACCACGGAGACUUGCGACUUCUUUAAAAACCACGUUGCCAGCCACCUCAUGCCCCUUCUUCAUGGCGUCGCCAUGUCACAUAAGGACGACGCCUCACGGAAGUACGCGCUUGAGGUGAUAGUUUGUUUUAUGGAGGCUAAGCCGAAGGCGAUGGUCAAGGUGCCCUCAUACGUCGAACAGACCCUCGAAGUUUGUAUUCGCUUCAUGAUGGAGCUGAACGAGGACAUCGCGGAGUGGGCAGAGCAAGAUGAAGAGGACGAGGGCGAAGAGGACGAGGAGCACUACGUCUUCGGGAAGGAGGCGAUCGACCGCGUCUGCCGGUGUGCCCACAGGGUCGACUGCUUCCCCGCGGUCCUGGAGGUGCUCAAGCCGGCCAUUCUCAGGGGGUUGGUGCGGGCGCGGUCGGGGUCCAGCGCAGCCCAGAGGCCCGCGGGCGCAUCAGAGCGCCAGCAGGCGGGCGGCGACGCCGCUGCCGCGGAGGGGACCUGGCAAGCGCAGGAGGUGGAGUCGCUGAAGAAGCAAGUGGGAGCUAUUGGAACUGAUAUGUUGUUGGAGAGCCAGACGAACAAUUAUUGGAGGGACUGCGCUUGCGAUCCCGAGUUCGAUGGCGAGCUCCAUCGCAGAAAGUUUUUAAAGCAAGAGCAGUGCAUUCAGUCGCUGAAAGCUGCAGCGGUGACGCAUCAUUUCAACCCGGCGAUCCAGCAGCAGCGGCACAUGAUGGGAACUCAGGUUGCGCACUGGAAGGGCAUGGCAGCGCAGCAUAUGAGCAUAGUUGGGCAGACUGCAGAGACGCACGCGGAGGAUCCUUCGGCCCCAGCUCGGCCUGAGGUCCUGGAGGUUAGCACGCAGCGCGAGGAGGUCAUGCGAGCACGGGCAGAUCCUGAAGAGCAUCAGGACGAGGAGAAGCAGGAGGAAGCGGCGGCACAAAAAAAGAAAAGACAUGCCCACAUCGCGGACAACGCGGCCAAGCACCAGAAGGAUGAGUUGGCGCAGGUUGAGAAGGUUUGCGUGGAUACGCUGCAGUAUUUCGAAUGCCAGAAGCAAUUGCGCGAUCAGGACACGCCGGGCAACGAUAGCGCCCUGGGCUCCGAGGGCGCGCUGGGCCACCGCAGCGCGCUGGGCCGCGAGGAGGCGCUGAGCUACCAGAAAACGCUGCGCCACUUGGACACGCUGGGCCUGAUUCCUGUCACUAAACUGUUCCAGACUGGCGAGUGGAAGCCGGUCGUUGCCGCGAUCACUGCUCUGUCGCAGAUCGCCGAGUACGUUGACGACGAGGCCGCCGUGGCCCAGAUGGUCCAGGGGAUACUGAUGCAGCUCGCCGCGAGCCACCCCCGCGUGCGGCACACGGCCUGGACCUCCAUCGCCCAGUUUGCCCAGGACCACAGCGAGACGAUCUGCACAGAAGCGUGGGUUGCGCAGCUGGUCCCCAAGUUCAUCGCCGUCUUCGACGACACCUGUCCCAAGGUCAUCCUGCGAAGCAUGGAGGCGUUCCAGCACUACGGUGAGUCCAUCGAGCGAGAAGACAUGGAGCCAUUUGUACCGAUGCUCAUGGAGAAGCUGGGCGUGAAGCUGCAGCAGCCACUGUUCCAGAAGAAGGCCAUCACGUUCGUCGCUGUCGUCGCUUCGCAGGUCGGCGAUACGUUCGCGCCCUACUACCCGCAGCUCAUGCCCGCCUUGCAGGCCGUGGUGCAGCGCACGCUGGACAAGGUCGAGGAGCGCAUGCUGCUCGGGAAGUGCUUCGAGUGCAUGUCGCUCCUGGGGAAGGCGGUCGGCAAGGAGGGCUUCAAGAACGACGCGCAGGCGUUCAUGGAGGCGAUGAUCAGAGCCACGCAGGUGCCCAACCUGCCCCCGACAGACCCUGUCAAGGAGUACAUGCUGGCCGCCGCCGAGCGCAUCUGCAGCACGAUGAAGGACGACUUCCUGCCCUUCGUGCCGCACGUCCUGCCCUCGAUCGUCGAGAAGCUGACGCUGGGCCCCAAGGAGUGGGCCGACGGGCUGGACAACCUUGGCGACCUGAAGGAGGGCGAGGUCGACCUCACGCUGACCCAGGAGAACGGCAAGGUGAAGGUGCUGGUGAUGUACGCCUCCGACAAGCAGGACCUCCAGGCCGCCCUGGAGGCCGUGCACACGUUCGUGCAGGAGCUGCGCAAGGGCUACGCCCCCUUCGUGGCGCAGACAGCUCACGCGCUGCUGCCGGUGUUUGAUUUCAGCAUGGACGAGGGCAUACGGUCGCUCGCCUACGAGACCUGGGGCCAGCUCUGCCAGUGCGCACGGGACGGCGGCCAGGUGCAGGUGGCCAGUGAGCUCGUCAUGGAGUUCUUGAAGCGCAUUCUCCCCAAGUUCGAAGAAGCGGAGAUCGACGUCGCUGCCUUGAAGUCGAGAGCCGAUGGCGUGACAUGCUGCUUGAAGAAGGCUGGCCCGGACAUCCUGUCCAUGGAGCAGGUUGAGCACAUCGGCAGCACAGCCAUGCGCUACCUGGGCGAGUCCCUGCAGCGCCGCGACCAGGCGGCGAAGGGCCCGCCCCCAGGAGUGCAGCUUCCAGAAGACGAGGAUGGCGGCAGAGAUGAAGAGGACGAGGCCGAGGAAACGAACCUUCGCGUCGCGCUCGCGGAGAUCGCGGGUGCCAUCAUGGAGCACCACCCCGCCGCUUUCGUGCAGCAGUGCUUCCAGUCUUACUUGUCGCUGGUGCUGAGAUUGUUCGAGUCCGCCGACAGGGAGGACAGAAAGCUGUCCCUGUUCGUCACGUGCGAUUUCUUGGAGCACCUGGGCACCAGGGUGACCACCCAUUGGCCCCAGUUCAUGCCGAAGCUGCUGCAGGACGUGCGCCACGAGUCCGCGGAGCUCAGGCAGCCCGCCUGCUACGGCAUCUCGCUGGCCGCCAGGGACCCCGCCUUCUCCGAGAUCGCGGCCGCCGCUGCGACGGAGCUCGUGGAGGUGAUAACGAAGGCCAGGCAGAAGGCCAAGAAGAAGUCCGAGAGGCCGGCCCAGGCCGUCGCGGACAACGCCCUCAGCGCCCUGGUCGCGAUCCUGCUGAACCACCAGCCGGCCGUGGCGGCCACGGAGGCCCAGCUCUGGGCCGUGUGGCUCGGCGGGCUGCCCUGCCAGGUGGACGACGAGGAGGGCGAGAGGAACCACAAGACGCUGCUGAGACUGGUCGAGCAGGAGAUCAUGGGCGUCGUGCGUCCAGGAGCCAACAUGCCCCGGCUGCUGGCCAUACUGGUGGACGUCUACCAGACGGACAUGGUCGACCAAGCCACCUCCGAGGGGAUAGGGAGGCUGGCGCUGCGCGUCGGGGAGGCCGGGCUCGAGGGCCUGGCCGCCCAGUUCACCGAGAAGCAGCGGAAGAAGCUGCUGCGGGUCGUGCGCGAGGCGAGGAAGGCGGCCGGGGCCUCCUGA